CAUUUGCCGCGAAACUCACUUCGAGCCCCUGGAUUGGUUAGAAACCACACUCUCGAGCAAGCGCGCCGCGCCAGAGUUAGUCUCGAACGCAAAAACUCACCUUUGUCAAUGAAAAAAGAAGAGAAAAAUAUUAAAAACAUUCCUCCUCACAAAAGUGCGGAGGAGGGAGCAAGAAGCGGCGUGCGUAGAGUCGCCGACGGCUGUCGGUCGUGUGUCGCUCGCGCGCUGGACGGGCGUGCAUUGUGGACGAUGAUCCGGUGUUGUGCGCGGUAGCCGAGCCGCUACUCACGGAUUACCAUGGUUGCUUCUAGUCUCCGUCGCACCCGGCACUUCGGAACGCGCCGCACUCGGUCACGGACGGCCAGCGACCACCGAGUGUGAGAAACAAAAAAAAGGGCAGCGGCUCGCGAGCCUCGCCGGCCCGGCGUGGUCGUCCAGCUGGCGCACCGAUGUCUCGGCGCACGCGAGGCUCUGAGUGGCGGCCGGAGGAGGAGUGGACAUCGGCUCGUGUAGCAUGAUCAUCGUCUGCUUGACAUGCCUUCCAUCUGGAGGAGCCUCAUCGUGCUUCUCGUCCUCGUCAUCGCCGUCCUGCAGGUGGUUCACAUCGCCCUGCUGUCGCGGCUCGAGGCCCGCAAGAGCCGCGGCGCGGCGUCGGCGGGCGCCGACGCGUCGCUGGCGCAGCGCGACGCCUUCGAGGACCGGACCCAGAUGCUGGCCGCCAUCCGGCGCAGCGCCGUGCUCGACUCCAGCGGCGAGUUCCACAUCGUCAACUUCCUCGCGCGCGCCGACAGCCUGCUCGGCUCUCGGAACCACGUGCGACCGGACGUGACCCUGGUUACGCAGAGCACGGCCAACCACCUGCACUACCUCGUGGCGCUCAGCGAACGCUGGCGGGGACCCCUGGCGGUCACCGUGUUCGCGCCCCGGUCGCAGCUGUCGCUGGUCGUCGAGGUGCUGGUGCAGCUGCGCCGGUGCGUGCCCGCGCUCAGGUACAACGCGAGCUUCCACCUGGUCUACCCUCUCAAGAGCCCCGGCUCGCACCUUCCCCCGGACGCCGGUUCCAGCCUGCUGCCCGACGACAACAGCAGCAGCGGCGGCGGCGGCGGCACCAACUCCGUCGACGCCACCUCUUCGCCCCUGGGGGCAUCCGCGUCGUGCGACUCCCUGGCCGCGAGGCUCCAGCGCUCGGUGCCCGGACCGGAGAACUACGACCUCGGCGUGUCGUACCCGGUGAACCUGCUGCGAAACGUGGCGCGCCGCAACGCGCUCACCGAGUUCGUGCUGGUGCUCGACGUCGACCUGCUCCCGAACGACGGCCUGCACGGCCAGUUCGUGGCGUUCGCCCGCGAGAACCGGCUGUUCGUCGACUCGCACCGCGACGACAAGACCGUCUACGUGGCGCCGGCCUUCGAGGUGCGGGACGGCGUGCCCUCGCCGCGGGACAAGGCGUCCCUGCUGCAGCGGGUCGAGGCGAUGGACGCCCGGCCCUUCUACCUGGAGCUGUGCUGGAAGUGCCAGAAGCACACCGACUACGAGGCCUGGCAGCGCGAGCCGCCCGGCGACAGGCUGGCCGUGCUGUUCGAGGUGCUCUGGCGCGACCCCUGGGAGCCGUUCUACUUCGGCCGCAACUCGGCGCCCUUCUACGACGAGCGGUUCCGCCAGUACGGCUUCAACCGCAUCAGCCAGGUGUGCGAGCUUCACGUGUCCGGCUACAAGUUCUCGGUGCUGAACAACGCGUUUGUCGUGCACCAGGGACUCAAGACGGCCGCCUCCUUCCACCGCAACAAGGAUGCGGACCAGGAGCGCAACCGCGUCCUCUUCCGCCAGUUCAAGCUCGAGCUGAAGGAGAAGUACCCGGACUCCUCCAGGCGAUGCUACUGAUCGGCGUCCAGGCUCCAGCCGCCGGAAAGGGGCUUCUCUGUACAUUCCUUCGCUGGCCUCCUGAAGUUGCUUCGGCUUUUUCCUCAAGGAGGCUCAAAGAGGUGCCGCCAAUGGACCAGCCGCAAAUGGAUCUGGAGGGAAAAAGGAAAGAUAUCUGGAAGUCUCAAGAAAAGGCAGAAGUUACAGCUCCCUGAGUGCUACUUGGCGGAUGUUGCUGCAUUGGGAAAUGCGAAGCCUUGAAUACCUAAGUCUUCGCUGAUGGAAACACAGCUAUCAAGUCGUUUGUUAUGCACAACUUGCCGCCGUUCCGGCUUGCGUUAACUGUAACGCUGUUUCUCUCGCCCCUCCCCCCACCCCCUAUACGCUCGGUGCGCAAUCUCGGCGGCUAAGUGGGGAGGCAUCGUUGCAACGAUCCGACAAUCGAUGAUCCCAGUGCUUCCACGAUGGUACGCUGUCUUCUUCUACUCGGAGGGAAAAUGGAACUCAAGUGCUUUGAUGUGUGCCGCUCUCUCGCCGUGUAUCUCGCAGCUUUCUGGGUGUUUUCGCGAACGCUAUGGUGUUUUGACUUUCUUCUGCUUGUCGCGUCGCGAAGCCAUAUCCGAAAGCGGCAUGUACCUUAGUAGACAGCGCUCAUGCUGACGGCGCUCCCGCAGACGGUGCUUUUGCAGACGACGCUCUUACAGAUGACGCUCUUGCAGACAACCUUCUUGUAGACGAAGUUGUUGUAGAUGAAGCUUCUGCAAACGAAAUAGCUCAUGUUGAUAAAGAUGCUGCAUACAGUAGUCUUGCAGAAGACGCUGCUGCAGGCGCCACGCCUGAAGAUGACGCUCUAGCACACAAGCACUCCUGCUCCUAUUGUCGCGUGUUCUGCCGCCUGCUGUUGGAGCUGCGCUACAGCAGAUGACAGGGAGGAGACUGGUUCGACCAGACGACACUUCGAUAGAAACUACUGGACACGCCUGAGCUGUGGUUGUUUUUUGUGAUGUUGUAGGUGCUGUCUGUCAAUUGCUUCGUGUGACGCAGUAUGUUAUCACCUCGACAAGUGACUUUAAAGACAUUGCGCUCUUGUCUUGGACAUCGCUUCAGUGGGAUACCCAGAUUCUGAGGCACUGUUCCCGUGCCGUACUCUCUUGUUGUUUCUGUCGUUUAUUUUGUUCAGUACAGAUGAGUAUUUCAGUACAGAAGAGCAGUAGUUGUUGUUCAGCCGUCAACGAAGCGAAGCUCAAGCACGAGGCAACCAGCGCCUAAGCGUAGCUUGCUUUGACAAUUUACUGAAGCAUAUUUUGUGAUGCCUCGACAAAAAAAGAAAGCAGCCAAAUCUCUGUUGUGUUUUGUCCGAAGAUACUUCGAACUGUUAAACGGAAAUAGUGUGCUUAUUGGGUCUUUAUGUUUUUUCUUCGCAGGGAUUUAUUCCGCACUAUAUCAUUAGAUAAACGCUCUCUCCAUAAAUUGACAAUGUACUACGGUUGCUACUUUAACUUGGAGUUGUGAGGACGUGUUCCAGCGGCUGGUGAAGUCAUGCAAAGAGCACGAAUGGGAAUACAGUGUUGUCUUUGUUGGAUGAGCUGAGAAAAAUUUGCUCGAUGUUCAUUCGAUCUUUGACCUCAGAAAAUCGAUGCAUAGGUAUGCAGUUUUCUUUUGCGAUUUGUGGUAGGCAAAGAGAGCGAGCUGAAUGGUAUCGCGGCGCAAAUUUGCAUCGUUUAUGGCACUCACAAAAUGUAAACUGUCAUCUUAAUAAUAAGAUGUCGUGUCUUGUCGAAGGGUGCCAUAACUUCAUUUUGUUUCUAGUUAACCUAGUCCAGCUUGUACCAAAGGCUCAAGGUGUUGCGCAUGACGCAUAAAAAUUGCUCGUUUUGUCGUGCCUUGCUCAUUCAGCCCUAUAGAGCAAAGGUCACCGGCUGUUUUUAUUUUUACAGAUAAGUCAGGCCCGAACAUUAUGUAAUGUGCUUCGGGUAGGCCGAACCACUUGUUGCCUGAGAGAUGUUUAGUUGGUUUUUGUUAUUUCGCGUUGCUGCAUUUUAUUUUGCUUAGCUGCACCUUAUAAUGAUAGCCGAAUUUGCUGUGCCAAUCGCCCCUGCCUCAGGGACUUCCUCGUUGUUCAUUACUAAUGAUAUUCCUCGUUACGGUUUCUCAAGAACGGCUCCAACAAUUACCUUACUACAACCUUUGUUUUGGAGAAUGGCUUACGUAAUUAGCAAAAGUAAGCACAGAGACAUGCUAUAAAUGUGCUUAAUUCGUUUUCAAAACAGAACUAUGGGAUCCUUGAACCUCUCUACUUUCUUGUCACCUAAAGCCUGUCACUGUCAGCCAUCUUGUCAGCCUUCGCUUUCUCUUUAUUUUUCUGCUUUGUAGAUGGUAGUUGCUUGUACAUAGGCUUCUUGAGAUAUGUGCCUCAACGUUCUCAGUGUUCGAAAUUUUGUGAAGGACAGCUUUGUCUGCAAAGAGCCGCCAGAGGGCAGCUCGCAUGCCGACGUACCCCGGUAUCACUGUUCAUCUUAUAACAGCUCCUGUCCUUUGUGUGCGCACUGAAUGUUGCGUAAAUGAGCGAACCCUGUUCUAAUGACUGCUUAGGGUAAGUCCAUCCCUCGAUUCUUGUCAAAUUUCGCACAGUGGUGGUACUUUGUGGCGCGUUUCCUAUUUCCCCGUAGCAUUCGUGCAGAGCUCUUGCUUCUUUCGUCUGGUACAUUUCAAAAGUUCGUAUCCUCUGCAACGGUGCAGAAGAAAUAAAAUGGUAAACUUUCGUUGGACUGGCACAGUGGUGCCAUCUGUCAGUCUCAAGGCGAAACAUGGCAGGUGCUGUGUUUCGCUGCAUGUGGCACAGGUGUCACUUCGUCUUUGUUACUCUAGAAAAUCCACAUUUUUCGUCUGGUCGCAUCACCGCAGACGACGCGGACUUCUGGUGUAUCCUAAAAGUAUGCAUCUUAGCAGACGACGCUGACUUCGGAAUGAUCUUGGAAGUACCAGACGAGCGCUGCACCCAAGCAUGAUUUUGAACAAAAUGUACGAUGAAAUGCCAUCACUGUGUGAAAUUAGGGCAUGCGUGGCCCAGCGAUUUCACCAUGGGAGGUCCUCAUACCUGGCGCCGCCAUUAGUGCUACAUACCCUGUAUGUCCUAUGAUGCCGAGAUUUUUUUUUUUUUUUCAAAUUGGACAAAACGACGAAGCAUGUCAUAACGGUGAUGGGGAUUGUGCCCUGUGUCAAAUUGGUGCUGCCUAAGAAGCAGGUUUGGGAUACCUUCUCAUGAAAGAAAAUUCAAUCGCCGUACAUUGAACCACGAAAUUUUCAAGUCCGCUGCGCGGUAGCUCAUUUAGACUUCGUCUCCGUAUGAGGAAGCUUCAGCUUGGGCCUAACUCCGACGCGACCUAUUCAUAUGCACGUAAAACGCAACAACGGUUUUCUGAAGUAGCCCCUGGACCGAUUUUAAUGAAAUUUGUUGCAUUUGAGAGAUAAUGUUAAAUUCUAGUGACUGUAGCGGAAUUUCUAUUUAGGGCCUCAAUUUCGUUACAGGAAUUUCAAAAAAUACGGAAGUUCAAAAAAAUAGAAGCACCAAGUUUGCAAAUAAAUAAUGCUCUGUCAAGAGCAGAUAUCGCGAUUCUGUAAAUGACAUCUAUUACAUCAUUAAAAGCGGACAAAUUCGAUAUGCCAAUUCAUAUCUUGCAUGAAUUCGUUACGUUGUGUAGAAGGGUACUGCAAAAGUUGCAUUUCCAUAUUACCAAAUUUUUGGAGAAUCAUGUAUGACAUCAAUUUUCUGCGCUUUAGUUGUAGUAUUAGAUACAGUUCACAGAAUUGUGAUAUUGGUUUUCAUUGCGGAGUGAGAGUUGCAAACUUCAUAGUUUCGUUUUCAGAAAAAUUUUGACUGCCAAUUUCUACUAAAAAAUUCACGAUAUAGAUCCGAAAUUGGAAAUCAGCAGUCACCACAUUUUAAUAUUUUCUUUUAAAUGCAACAAACUUUGUCAAAUUUGGCGCAGUGGUUGCCGAGAAAAAUGAAUUCUGCUUUUACAUAUAUUUAAAUAGGAGCACCCGAGCUAAAACUUCCUCUUACGUUUAAGAGGAACGUUUAGCUUGUAUCUUUCCCACUCAAAUGCAUGUGAAACACAAAUUACACUUUGCUGUAGUCAACCGCUGAGCCUAUAUGAAUUUUUUAACUUAUUUAUUCAUGGUAAAUGCCGGUAGGGAACGGGAAGAAACAAAAUUUUGAGUCUUAAUACUCGUCAUGUAGUCCUGGCAGCACUCGCACCCAAUCCGCAAUCGUUCGAAAACAGUCUGCGAAAUCUGUCUAAUUAAAGCACAACGUCAGUUCAUAGUUGUGACGUAAACGGCAUACCAUCUAGUAUGGCACGCUAGUCAGAGGACACUACGGGGUCUCCGCUCUUUGCUUUGGCGGAGGGAACGACUGGUCCGCUCCCUGAACUUGCGUGUCAUCGUCAUAAUUGAUGAGUCACAUUUGUCCUCCCACGCUCUGUAUAAUGUACUGUCUUUGUGACCCUAUGAUCUCCGCUGUGGCGUUUUAUUGUCCUUCGAGUGCAUGAUGUGCACAAGAAAGUGUAGUAAUUAUGGGAGUGCAGCUUGACCAAAAAAAAAAAAAAAAAUACGGCAGAGCAUCUUUCAGAAUUUGGCUGAAAUUUAGGUCGUCGUGGGCCUGUCGUCUUGUCGCGAAAGCAUUAUUUCUUUUCUGUCUCCCCUACACAACUUCGCACGUUAAAGAAGGACGCCAAACUGAGCGCAGAAAUAUUGCUAUCUGAAUGACAGAACAUCUCUGUCGUAACCAUAGGACGGCAGAUCUCGGCGAAUAAGAUUUGGUCGCUAUAGGACAGCGUCCUGAAAACAGCUGUAGGUCCCUAAAUACAACCAUUUCGGUCGUUACGAUAAAAAAUAUUGUUUUUCUACUUGGAGUCAGUGUACGUGUAUAACGGAACGUGGAUAUUGUUGUUCGCUAUUGCGUUCAGUGCAAUAUAUAAGGAAGAAAGCGGUUCAAUCUCAAGCGUUACUUGCGGCAGUUUCUGCUACGACUGUUUCAGAUUUUAGACAGUACGGGAUACGAGACAAAAUUUGAAUUAUUACUGACUGAUCUUUACAACAUUGGUGGACAUAACAAUUCAUGCGAUAAAUGCAAAUACGCUCAUUACUUAACAAGCUUUUCCUAAUUAUUUUCAUUAUUAAAUGAAACUUUAAUAGUAGUCAAAGUGUAAUAAUUUGCCAAAUGUGCUGUGCUUCACACCAGGUUUUGAGAAAUAAGUGCUCAAAAUCUAGCCACUGCAUCACAGGUCGCGUUAAAUAUGUAAGCGUAGUGUAGGAAGAAGCAUUACAAGAAACUGUCAACUAGAACAGGUAUACGUUUGAAGCAGCUUAUAAAUUUGCAUCUGUCGAAAGUAAUGCUAAGGAGAAAGUUAAGGAAAAAAAUUGCGCAUAAUGUACUGUGCGAGUUAAAUUUUCCAGUUACGCGUCUUCUAAAUGCGUUUAUGAAAAAGUUAGCGAACGCUCGGAAACAAGUUGACGACCCUCAGGAAAAUUCUCAAGUCGACCGCUAGUAAAAAGCUUAGUCAGCAGAAAUGAUAAUUUUGUCUCGAAUCUUUUGUUUUUGCUAAUCUAAGACAGUCAAUGCCGAAUGCAGACGACAUAAGCGGGGCAAACGUUUGGACAGCGUUGUUCAGAUGUAAAGCCAAUGUAUCCCGACGUUGACCUUACGUUGGUGCCGCUCCCGGAGCCGGUAGGGUGUCUCUAGUGCUGUGUGACGACCGUUAAACGAUUUAGGGAAAAUUAAGGUCGUCGAGAAGGGAGUUUCGAUGUUUCGUGUCGUUCGCCUGUACGCAGAGGUUUGAAUGGUCUAGAGAAUGAAGUCAUAUCGCUGUUUGUACAGUCUGCUCUAAGUGCGUGUAAGUAAAUAAACAGAGUAUUAAAUGUUUGUCUUUCGAUCGCUC